GCCACGGCACAAAGGCUCCGGGAAAGAAGCAGUCACUGUUGGAGACCCCAGCGUCUCUCCGGAGUCGCUCGCUGUGUGCUGACAUGGAGCCAGUCUACCGGGGUCUGGGUCGCUGUGUGUGCUGUUUCUGGCUCGCAGUCGCCUUUGACAUUGUGGGGCUGGCCGUCCUUCUCAUCGGGGUGUUCGUCAACGUGUUUUUCUAUGACCUGCUCAUUUACGCAGGCGCCAUCGUCAUCUUCCUCAGCCUCAUCUGGUGGGUGUUCUGGUACUCCGGGAACAUCGAGGUGCCCCCGGCGGAGCUGGAAGAUGAUGUGGGCUUGCUGAAGAAAGACAAGGGCGUUCUGGGCGGGAUCGGCGGCGCGGUGCGGCGCCUCUCCAGCCGCGUGUCCAGCGGCAUCCGGAGCUCGCUCCGCAGGAACGGAGGACCGGCCAGCAACCGCACGGGCCGGGCGCCGACGUCAGUCCCGCAGGCCGAGCAGGUGGCCGUUGCCAUGGCAACGAUGACCCCACAGGAGGAUAUCCCGCACACAACCGACUCCCCUCCGGCGGGCGGGGACACAGGGAUGCCUCACACAACACAGACUUCACCUAUAUAGUGUAGGC